GGCAGCUUGAUCUACCCUAAUUCCUCUUUCUCACUGUAACUGCAUUAAGGGUAAGCUAACGGGAUUAAUCGGAUUAAUCAGGAAAAGAUCUCAUCCUUAGAUUCCAAAGGAGACCAGCUGGUUCCAUCUGGAGAUUCUUCCUAUCAUCACCAGUGCCCCAGAUGGUCCACCUUAUCCACGGACGUGAACUUUUGUAAGCAAGCAAACAACACUUUUUGCACAAUGGAGCUGCAAUUUAAUGACUCAAAAGGUAAUGUAUCAAUCCAAGGUAGACUACCAGAGGACUUGAUCUAUGUUGCUAUACACGUAAUACACGAGAUACAGAAUGAAUUUCAAAUUCCUCUAAGUCCUGAAAGUGGUUCUGAAGUGGUCGACUUUAAUUUCAAUGCUACCGGAAUUGUUCCAAAUGUUUCUAAAAUACCAGAAAUUUUUUCUUCUCCUUAUGAUCAACUGUUUGAUAAUUUAACACAAAAUCUUCUCAGUGGCUUCAUUGCCCUUAUUUGCAUUUUAGGCCUGCUGGGAAAUGGAACAACGAUUUAUCUCUUGGCCUUUUCCAUUAAGAGGAAUCCUUUCACCACUUUCAUCCUGAAUCUCUCCAUCGCUGAUUUUGGGGUCAUCAUAUCCCUCAUUACUGCAGCUAUAUUUGUGUCAGUGUUUACUCUGAAUCACCAAACAUACGUUAUCAAUGCCUUUUUCUUCUUACUUUUUGAGUUCUUUUUCUUCACCUAUUCUGCCAGCCAGUUUCUGCUGACAGCCAUCAGCCUGGACAGGUGCGUGGCUGUCCUCUUCCCACUCUGGCAUCGCUGCCAUCGUCCUCCAUAUUUAUCCAGACUUGUUUGUAGCCUCAUCUGGAUCCUCUCCUUCCUGCUCUCUAUGGUGCACUUCAUUCUCCACCAGAUCAGAACCUAUGGAAGUUCACCUUUGUUUUACCAGCUGAUUGUGAAUGGUUUACUUUGUACGCCUCUCAUGGUUGUGUCCACUGUGACCCUCUGGAUUAAUAUGAGAUCUAAAAUGCAACUCAAUCAAAGGAAACUGCUCACCACCAUCUUGUUGGCUCUCCUCUUCUUCCUCCUUUUUUCUCUCCCAAUGAAUGUCUUUUAUGUCAUUGAAUAUUUUGUUUCUUAUAAUCUCCUCCUUAGGAUCAUUGGGGUAGGAUGUGCCACUCUCAACAGCAGCAUCAACCCUCUUCUUUAUUUCUUAGUGGGGAGAAAGAAGAGAGGAAAAGAUCAGCCCAGAGCAUCUUACAAGGUUGCUCUGCAAAGAGUCUUCAAGGAUGAGAAGGGAAGCAUGGAAGAGCAGGAAAUCACGAAUGAAAGCCAGUUGUGAAGAGACCUAAAUGUUGCAUAUGCGAUAUUUUAAGGUACAAGGUUAUUUUGGAUAUCACAUGUGCUUUCCUUAAGAACACAUAGAUGUGGUAAAUUUUACUGAGCAAAGUUCUUAAAAACAAAGCUAAACAGGAAGUGUUGCUGAGUCCUCAUUUUUCAAUCCAAAGAAUUUGUUUAACAGGAAAUGUUUUAGCUGAUAUAGUUCCUUUUUCAUAAUAAGUACCCUGUUUCCCCAAAAAUAAAACCCAUUCAGAAAAUAAGCCCUAGCAUGACUUCUCAGGAGGCUCAUAAUAUAAGCCCUACCUCCAAAAUAAACCCCAGUUAAGAUUGUCAGCAAGAUGGGUGCAUUUAGUACUGUAGUUCCCCAAUAAUAAGACCUAAUUGGAAAAUAAACCCUAAUGCGGCCUUUGGAACAAAAAUUAAUAUAAAACCUGGUCUUACUUUCAUAGAAACACAGGUAGUGUUAAGAAUAGGUGUUACAGAAUGAAAUUUUUAAAAUGUGUAAUUUAUUUUAUGCAUUUUUCUGUGUGACAUGCAAAUUUAUAUAAAUAUAGUGGAGAUGAAAGAGAAGGGGGAAAUGUGCUGUACAAGAUAAAGUUUCUUGGAAUAAAAUAUGGCAUUUUUGAUUCUGAAAAAUUUCAGACAGAAUAACAUUCAAUUAUAUUUUAAAAUUAGAUUCCAUUAUUAAUACUCAUUAAUUAGUGGCUUUUUUUUCUUGACUAAAGAUAUGUAGCUUCUGUCAAUAUAAGAAUUCCUUCCAGGCAAUCUUUUAUAGAUAUUUCAAGUCCUUAUUUCUUAGCUGGCACCAACCUCACCUGGCAAAGUUCUGGAAUAGGAAGACCUGAGUAGAGCUUUCUUCUUUGAACACAAAUCUCACCUGGGUUUCUAUUCUGUAAUUCUGUAUUGCUACUUUUGGAAUAGAGGUGUUUUUAAAGGAUUGUGUGUAUAUGUGUGUUUCUGUAUACAGAUGAUAGAUGGAUGGAUAGAUAGGUAGAUAGAUAGAUAAAUAGGUGAUAAAGGGAGAGGGAGAGAGGAAGAGAAAGAGGCACCCUGAUACUCAGCUUCUUUGAAACUCACGGAAUUUGGUUUAACACAUUUUGACAUGAACAUUUUGUCCCAGCACUUAUUGUUUCUUUGGUACUCAACACACAAACUAGAACCUCGUGGUGUUGGCUGCCUUCUAACUCACUAUAUUAUUGGGAUGGGAAAAUUUUGUUUGGAACUCAUCCUGCCUCUCAGAACCAAUGAACAAUGAGUACCAAGAUACAUCUGUAUGUAUGUGUGUGUGUGUGUGUGUGUGUGUGUAUACACAGACAUAUAUACCAUGUUUCCCUGAAAAUAAGACCCUGUCUUAUAUUUUUUGAACCCCAAAAUAAGUGCUUGGCCUUAUUUUCAGGGAUGUCUUAUUAUUUUGGGGCUAAUGGACCUCUUUCCAUCUUACCUCAUUUCCACCUCUGUCUCCCUAACCCUAACCAGAGGAAAUGGUGGGGACUGGCUGCACAUGCAUUUAAAUAUUUUCAGGGAGGGCUUAUUUUCAGGGUGGGGCUUAUAUGAGUGCUUGCAUGCAAAAGCUCGAUUGGGCUUACUAUAAGGGGAGGUCUUAUUUUAGGGUAAACAGGGUAUAAGAUAUAGAGCUAGAGAGAGAUAUGUGAGGGAGAUAGCUAGAUAGCUAGAUAGAUUAGGGGUAGAGGUAGAGGUAGAGUGAAAGAUUGGUAGAGAUAGAUAGAUUAGAGAUAGAAAUAGAAAUAGUGAUAGAGAUAGAUAGAGAUGAACAUGGACAUGAAGCUGGAGAUGUAGGUAGCUAGAUAUAUAUAUAGGUGACAUAGAUAGUACCCUGUUUUCCCCAAAAUAAGACCCAACUGGAAAAUAAGUCCUAGCAUGAUUUUUUCAGGAUGCUUCUAAUAUAAGCCUUACCCCCAAGAUUCUCAGCCAGAUGGGUGCAUUCGGUACCGUAUUUCCCCCAAAAUAAGACCUAAUUAGAAAAUAAGCCCUAAUAAGCUCCUUUUGGAACAAAAAUUAAUAAAAGACCCGGUCUUAUUUUUGGGAAAACACAGUAGUUUUUCAAAAUAUUUUUUGACUUUCAUGUACUUUUUUUCAGCUUUUGUUUGCAUUCUACCCUUUUUAAUCUGGUCCAUAACCAAAAGAAAUAUUUGAUUUGAUUUGUGUUCUGGAAUUGGGGGUAUGAUUUCAGAAGGGAAGGUCUUUUCCUCGAGGUGCCAAAAGGCAAGUCAGCCUUGAGUCUUUGAUAUGCAGAAAAAGGUCUAGAAGGGAUAGUCCAUAAAAGCUGAGUUAGCAUGGUGAAGAUUCUGAAGAGCUGAGGUGGCGCAGUGGUUAGAGUGCAGUACUGCAGGCUACUUCUGCUGUCUGCCGGCUGCCUGCAAUUUGGCAGUUCCAAUCUCACCAGGCUCAAGGUUGACUCAGCCUUCCACCUUUCCGAGGUGGGUAAAAUGAGGAGCCAGGCAAAUAGGUUGACUCUAUAAGUCACUUAGAGAGGGCAGUAAAGCACUGUGACGCGGUAUAUAAGUGCUAUUGCUAUUGCUAUCCACAUGACGUCCAUCCAAUAUAUAUGCUUCAUUAAUAUGUCAUGCAUAUUUAAUUAUACUGCACAAUGGAUUUCAGUUUUAGUGACACUGAUUUUAAUUUUGCUUUAAUUAAAAUUGUAACCAUCUAUUCUUGUGGGUUAUACUUUCUAUUUUAUAUGUUGUUAUCCACUCUGAAUGUUCAACAAAAGGAAGGAUUUAAAUUUAGCAAAUAAAUUAAUAAUAA